CCGGUGGGCGGGGCGAGCUGUGCCCCGCUGCUCACUAUGGCGCGCCUGCUGGUGCUGCUGGGUCCCGCGACCAGGGUGGGCGCCCGGGUCCAGCCUCGCGCCUCCUGGCUGCUGGGCGCCGCCGCCCCCUGCGUCCCGCCAACCCUAUUCCUGCCGCUGCUCCGACCCAGGCCGGACGCCCGGCUGCUGUCGUCCGCGGCCCCGGGGGAUUGCGGCGGCCGCCAGGACCCCAGCAAAACCACUACAACAACAGGCAGUGACGUGAGCAACGCAGAGGAGAAAAAGCAAACCAAGUCCCAGCAGCUGAAGAAGGUCUUCCGAGAGUACGGAGCCGUCGGCGUGUGCCUGCACAUUGGGAUCUCACUGGUCUCCCUGGGCAUGUUCUACCUGCUCGUUUCAAGUGGCGUGGACAUGUCUGCCGUCCUGCUCAAGCUCGGGCUCGGAGAGUCGCUGGUGCAGUCGAAAAUGGCCACGGGCACGGGCACCUUCGUGGUGGCCUACGCCGUCCACAAGCUGUUCGCGCCUGUGAGGAUCAGUGCAACCUUAGUCUCCGUGCCCUUGGUCGUCAGGUACUUUCGGAGAGUGGGAUUCUUUAAACCUCCGGCUGCGAAGCCCUGAAGAGCUAGCCCCGCGACAGUGGCCUGAAAACCUGUUCCUUUUGCUUUACACAUUUGGACUGGUUUGGGGAUUUUAGGGUUUCGGUUGUUUUUCCAGUGGGGAUGGGGGGCCGGGGCUACUUUCUGUGUUCUCUUGGGUGUUUUACUUUGGCCAGCAAAAUUCAGGUGUUUGAAUAAUUGUCAUUUUUUUCCUUUAUAAAUUUUGUUACAUUGUAGAAGUUUACCGUAGGGCUUGUAUACAUGACCUAAAAUGUCAGCAACACAUCACAAAUGGGGCGUCACUGUAAGCCGUUGUCAGCUUCCACAACGUUCCUCUGGAGGGUCGUUGGUGAGGGUUGUUCUGCAGAAGCCCCAGGGUUCAUCUUAGUCCAAGUUCUUGAAGAGCAACGAAGGGUUCAGUAAGCCGAUUUUGAAAUCCCCCUUCCCACAGCAUUUGUAGUCGGGCCGCCUGCGGUUUAUUUAACGUGCAGUCUUCUGCAAAGCGGCUGCGGGCGCUACAGUGAAUGAGGCAGGAGUGAAGACCGAGCGCUGUAACCAGGACCUGCAUCAGCAUCAACGCCUUCACAUUCAUUACACGUGUCUGAGGGACAGAAGAACAAGCACAUCUGGUGUGUUGCCCUGGCCCCCAAGCCCCUCCCAAUGGGGACAUGAUGGGGGCCUGCCUCAGGGGCCUUUUCUCAAAUUUCAGGAGAGUAGCUCAGGGUCAUUUCCUCCAUUUGGGGUAGAAUGUGGCAACGUGCCCAAUGGUAAUGGCCUCCCCCGGCCCCCGACGCCCACGUCCUCAGAGGAACGGGGGCACUGCACACGCGCAGAGCCAAGACAAUCUGCCCAACUUGUAUUUCAAACUCCAGAUAUUCCAGAGCUGUCAGUGUUUACAUCGUGUUGCUACUUAUAUUUUUCAAUUGAGUUCAAGUUAUGUGCAGUUAAGAAAAAAAUUUUUAAUCACUCUCUGAAAAGGAAAGUUAGUAGCACUUGCCAUAAGUGGAAGACAACUGUGAAAUAAUAGCAGCCAGGAGGGAGGGGAGGACUUGCCUCUCCACUCCCUUCCUGUGGAGCCUGCGCUGGUUCAUGCGCUGCUGUUCUCCUGCUGAGCCCGAGCCGACUCCAGCUCCGGGAACCCCACUGACCAGUUCCGCCCUGCCGCCCUGCACAGGGCAGCUCCUCGUGUUCACUUCCUGGCUCCCGUGUUUUUAAGUUCAGUUACAUUUGGGACAAACAAAACUAAAACUAUAAGCUAACAUCCUGAUUUUCUUUUUUUUUUUUAAUUUUUAAUUGAUUUUAGUUAUUUUUCAAUGAUUUUCUGACCUAGCGACUCACAAUCCCUACCUAGUUGGCUGUUGGGGACCCAUGUCAAUUGCUUACGUUUCAAAAAAAAUCAUUAAGGGACGAAUUCCCCACUUGCAAUGUCUCCAAAGUGGAUCCAUAUUUUUCCCCCCCUUUAAAGUAAUUAGCUCAUUGCCAAAAGGUUUUACUAACUUAAAUGUCAGAACUGCCUCCCUGGGACCUAAGUUUAAGGACACCUACACAGCUGGGCAGGCUGCCCGAUGCCAGUGCGGGGUCCUCCCUCCUGUGGACCAGCCGGCAUUUUCACUUCCGCGGGUCUUCCUUUCAACCACGGCUCUGGGCCCGACCCCCUUCCGCACCCAUCUCCCCACGGAAUCCCUAUGAUGCCUAUGCAGAAAAGCUGACAGGGACUCCUAUGGGCUUAAGGGCUUAAAUCUUAAACUCUGACUGUUUGGAGUGAUGUGAGUGGAUUGGAUGGGCAAAAGCAAUAAAACGAUUCACCCCAUGAAAUAGCCAUAGCGUCCCUCCCACACCUCCACUCGGCCCUCUCCUGCGGCCAGUGGCCAGGACAGCAGAGCUGGAGAGGGGGAGGAACUCAAGAAUCAUUGUCAGUUCACCAUCAAGAUGUGCAAACUGCUUGUAUUUACACUAUUUUUAUGCAACUAGGAAUAAAAUGAUCUAUUUUAAAAAUGUAAAGCCACUCUCUCACCUCCCAUUUUUUUUACCUGACAAAAUGAACCACUUAAAUGCUAUGAAACAAAUAAACAUCUUUGUGAAGUUUCUGAAA